GUUGUAUGAGAACAUUCUCCAGCUCUAAACAUUGUUAAAAAUCCCAGCCCUCCAUUUCUGGCCGCCUUGUCAUGGAAAUUCGCCAUGUUUUCCAAGUUCUCCCUUCGAAGCAAAGGCAUCCGAUCUCAGAAGGAAAAGAAUAGUCGUUAUGGUCAGAUCAAUUCAACACUCCCCACUGACAAAGACGAUUACAAUCGAAAGGAAAACCAAUCCUAUUCUGCAUCGACCAGCGUCUCUCAAUCUGAACAGAAGAUAUCACUGAAUUCAGAAGUCUCAACUCCCUUAGCCCAUGUCGCAGACAGAAAUCUAACUAGCCUCAGCUCGUUCGGGUGGUUCUCAACACAUGACAGCAAACAAAGCCAAAGAGCUUCUUCUGCCACUUCUGACGAUAUCGGAAUUGAGACCUAUGUGCUAGUUCCCUAUGAAGAUGCUGAAGAACAGUUCUUGCAAGAGAACGAAGGCUACUUCAUGCAUCUGUCAGUGGACAAUGUGCGAAAGGAUCAGUACCCGAAGCUUGAAUUGGAGAGACUAGUUUAUCUGGACCAUGCAACUUGCCCGUUGUAUUCACACUUUCAGGUAGAGCAGCACAUGCAGAUCAUACUCGAACAGGAUGGCCCUUACUUAGGGACGAUCUCGGCUGUAAAUAAUCCAUCCACAGACUGCAACACUUAUAUUGACGAAACAUCCAAACGCCUUUUGGAUCUUUUUAAUGCGACACAAGACGACUACACCGUAAUUUUCACUCCAGGGCUAGCAUCCUGUUACCGCCUCUUCGGCGACAUGCACCCAUUUCAAAAGGGCAGCCUCCUUCUCAUCAGCCCAGACGCCCACGAAUUCGUUCGAUAUGUAGCAAAUGCAUCAGUCCAACGCGGUGCGAAAACAGAACCAAUGCCUCUAAGAAAGACUGACUUGUGUGUCAACACCAAUGCCAUGCACCAAUUGCUGACAACGCGAGGUUGGACAGGCUUUGGAAAUGGGCUUUUGAUCUACCCCGUGCAAUCUUGCUCGUCGGGGAUGCGGCAUUCAUUGAAUUGGAUCGUGGAGGCCCACCAAAAUGGAUGGAAAGUCCUUCUAGACGUAGCAAGCUGCUUGCCGACCGUUAAUGCUGAUCUCUCUUUGUAUCAACCAGAGUUCGUCGUGGGAUCUUUGCACCACAUUCUCGGGUACCCUUCAGACGUCGGAUUCUUGCUUGUUCGGAGGAGUUCUCAUUCAAUAUGUAGUCAGAGAGGGACAGCUCGGUUGAAGAUAGCUGAGGCGCCGGAGCAUGGGAAAUGCGUUCAUGUCGUAACGGAAGGCGAGAGCUUGAGCAUUCAUACAUUUGCAGCUCUGAAAUUUGGAUUGGAGCAUUUGGAGACUGUCGGUUUUUCCGCCAUGCAGGAUCGAGUCCAGAGCUUGUUUGCUUGGUUGGUUAAGACCCUCAAGUCAUUGAAGCACCAGGCAGAUGAGAAGCCACUAGUGCAGAUGUAUGGAUCUCUAGACCUAAAAUACAGAGGCUCCAUAUUGGUAUUCAACAUCUUAGAUUCAACCGGAAAUGCAUUCCCUGCGGGACUCGUUCAGCGCCUGGCAGAGAGAAACAACAUAUUUCUAGGCAUUUGCUGUUUCAGCAAUCCAGAACUGUCUCUCCUUUUACACCCGAAAUCAGGCAGACGAACAGGCCGUGCAGGCAAGGAUGCAUCCACCUUUCAAUUAUCAGCCGUUCGUUUAUCGCUGGGCCCGGUAUCAACGUUCGAAGAUGUCUACAGGCUGGCAGAAUUCUUGACCCACUUUGGGGAUGAAGAUUACACGUCGUCGGAAGCUGUUGGAUAUGUAGAAGAGCACAUUCAGUAUUGUUAACAAAUGAUAGGAUUUCUAGAUGUUGUAAGAAUAUACUCUUCUUUUUCUUUUUCCUUUUUGACAGUUGCAUCAGUCUGGGAUUGCAUGCUAACUUCUGUAAAAAUAAAUGAAGAUGGUCCUUCUUUCUCAUAAGGAAUUAUACGAUCAUCGAACA